AUGAAUCGUCUUUCUUUGGAUGCUGGAGAAUCGCAGUAUGGUCAAAUCUACUCGGUCUCAGGUCCAGUUAUCAUUGCUGAAAAUAUGAUUGGAUGUGCCAUGUACGAAUUAGUGAAAGUUGGACACGAAAACUUAGUAGGAGAAGUCAUUCGUAUUGCAGGAGAUAAGGCCACUAUUCAAGUUUAUGAAGAAACGGCUGGUGUUACUGUCGGUGACCCUGUUAUGAGAACUGGUAAACCAUUAUCUGUCGAAUUAGGUCCAGGUAUGAUGGAAACCAUUUACGAUGGUAUUCAAAGACCAUUGAAAGCAAUUAAAGAAAAAUCACAAUCUAUUUAUAUCCCAAGAGGUAUCGAUGCUCCAUCAUUGUCUAGAACUGCUCAAUACGAUUUCACCCCUGGUCAAUUGAAAGUUGGUGACCAUAUAACUGGUGGUGAUAUUUUCGGGUCCGUCUUCGAGAACUCAUUAUUAGAUGACCAUAAGAUUUUAUUGCCUCCAAGAGCAAGAGGUACCAUUACUUCGAUCGCAGAAAAAGGUUCUUACACUGUUGAGGACCCUGUAUUAGAACUUGAGUUCGAUGGUAAAAAGCAUUCUUACUCGAUGAUGCAUACUUGGCCUGUCAGAGUUCCAAGACCUGUUGCUGAAAAAUUAGCCGCAAACCAUCCUUUAUUGACUGGUCAAAGAGUAUUGGAUUCCUUAUUUCCUUGUGUUCAAGGUGGUACCACUUGUAUUCCUGGUGCCUUCGGUUGUGGUAAAACCGUCAUUUCACAAGCCAUUUCAAAGUUUUCUAACUCUGAUCUCAUGGUCUAUAUCGGAUGUUUUGCAAAGGGAACUGAGGUUUUAAUGGCCGAUGGUUCUAAUAAAAAUAUUGAAGAUGUCCAAAUUGGUGAAAGCGUCCUUGGUAAAGAUGGUGAAGCUAGAAAUGUAGUUGCAUUGCCUCGUGGUAAUGAAACCAUGUACGAAAUUAAUGAAUCAACUCCUGAAGAAGAAGCUGAUCUUGCUAGAAUUGCUUUCACUUGUAAUGCAAAACAUGAGUUAGUUGUCAACACUAAGCAAGAUAUUGCAGUUAAACAAAAUUGUGUUACCUAUUUUGCUCUUGAAUCUGUUACAGAUGAAGCUAACGGUCGUGAAUUCUCUAUGGUUAAGUCCCAAACUAGAACCUUUGAAGAAAGUUCAAUGGCAAAGGAAUUUGCAAGCACAAUUUCAAAGAACUCUAUUGAUUGGACUAUUGAAGCUCGUGAUGUUGGCCAUAUGAGCGACAAUGUUCGUUGUGCUACUCAGCAAUCAUGGGCACCAGUACUUACCAGCAAAGAAGUAUUGGCUCCUGCCGUUCAAGAAGCAGGCUUCGAUGCUACUAUUGCUCCUUACGUUUCUUACUUACUCGGUAUCUGGAUUGGUAAUGGUUACCCUGAUCGUGUCCAAUACUUGAUCGAUGGAAAGAAUACGGAACUUGUUAAUCGCAUCCGCGAAUACGAUGAAGCCAUUGAAAAUAAUAACCAAACUUCAACUAAGACUGUUGACUUUUUAUGGAAUGCUAUUAACUCUAUGGGUUUUAAAGUAGAAGGAAAAUCUGGAAAAUCAGUUCCAUCAUUCCUCCGUACAGAAUCCUUUGAAGUCCGAGAACAAUUCCUUGCUGGUCUUAUUGACUCUGACGGGAUUGUAACGAAGAACCCUCUUUCUGCUUCCGUGAGGACCAACUCUUCAAAGGUGGGAGAAGGGGUUAUUGCCGUAUCUCGUUCACUUGGUAUUUGCACUUCAGUGAAGGCUGGAAAUGAGAGCUAUAUUAUUGGUAUGACUGGAAAUUCUGCCUUGGAAUCAGUCCUUAGCAAGUGUGCUCUUGCUGACAAAAACACUUCAUUCCCAAAUCAUAUUACCCGUACUGGUCAAAAUUUCGACUUUUCAGUAAAGGAAAUCGAAGCCGCUGAUUACUAUGGUGUCACUCUUCCAGAUAAUUCGGAUCAUCAAUUUAUGUUAGCCAACCAAGCUGUGGUACACAAUUGUGGUGAAAGAGGUAACGAAAUGGCUGAAGUAUUAAUGGAAUUCCCAGAGUUAUACACUGAAAUUAAUGGUCGUCAAGAACCAAUUAUGAAACGUACAACUUUAGUAGCCAAUACCUCUAAUAUGCCUGUCGCGGCCAGAGAAGCAUCGAUUUACACUGGUAUCACGUUAGCAGAAUACUUCAGAGAUCAAGGUAAGCAUGUGUCUAUGAUUGCUGAUUCGUCGUCUCGUUGGGCAGAAGCUUUGAGAGAACUUUCUGGUAGAUUAGGUGAAAUGCCUGCUGAUCAAGGUUUCCCAGCAUACUUAGGUGCUAAAUUGGCUUCCUUCUAUGAACGUGCAGGUAAAGCAGUUGCUUUAGGUUCCCCUGACAGAAUUGGUUCUGUUUCGAUUGUUGCAGCUGUUUCUCCAGCUGGUGGUGAUUUCUCUGAUCCUGUUACCACCUCUACCUUGGGUAUUACCCAAGUUUUCUGGGGUUUGGAUAAGAAAUUAGCCCAAAGAAAGCAUUUCCCAUCUGUUAACACAUCUAUUUCUUAUUCCAAAUAUACUAACAUUUUGGAUAAGUACUACGAAUCUAAUUAUCCAGAAUUCCCUACUUUAAGAAACAAGAUUAAGGAAAUUUUAUCAAAUGCUGAAGAAUUAGAACAGGUCGUCCAAUUAGUCGGUAAAUCUGCUUUGUCUGACUCUGAUAAGAUUACUUUAGAUGUUGCUAACUUGAUCAAGGAAGAUUUCUUGCAACAAAACGGUUACUCUACGUACGAUCAAUUCUGUCCUAUCUGGAAGACAUUUGAUAUGAUGAGAGCUUUUACAUCUUAUCACGAUGAAGCACAAAAGGCGGUUGCCAAUGGUGCUCAAUGGGGUAAAUUAUCUGAGACAACUUCAGAUGUGAAGCAUGCCGUUUCGUCAUCCAAGUUCGUUGAACCUUCCGAGGGUGAAGAAAAGGGUAAGAAGGCAUUUAGUGAAUUAUUGGCCAACAUUUCUGAAAAAUUUGCUGAAGCCUCAGAAUAA